AUGCUGAGACCACGGGUUGUGUUUGGCAUCAGCCCGCUGCUGGAUGGACUCUGCAUCAUGGGAAUCAUCAUCAUGAUCCCGACGUUCUCCGUUCUCCUCUGGAGAGAUCCCGGCACCGUGCGCGAGGCACGCCGGCGCCCCCUGGCCGCCGCCGCCGCGGGCGUGGAUGCGGGAGACGGUUGCCGCGGCGACGAGGAGGAUGCGACGUCGCCGUACAUGACGAUCAGAGACGUGGCGAGGGGCGCCGUGCCGCAGGAGGGAUUCUGCGGAUUCUGCGAGAUCGUCAUGCCUGAUCGUACGAAGCACUGUCGUCUCUGCGAGUCCUGCAUGCACACGAUGGACCACCACUGCCUCUUCCUCACCAAGUGCGUCGCCCGCAGCAACCACCGACUCUUCCUCAGCUUCGUCUUCGUGCUCGCCGUCGCCAUGGCGAUGUUCCUCGCGAACGUCGUCGUCUACGUCAACGCCACCUACGGGGAGCUUGGCACGGCGGCGGCGAUAGCGCGCGCGACGCUGCGGGACGCUCUUGUGUUGGCGGCGGCAACGCUGAACGCCGCCACGCUCGUCUGGUGCAUCGCGCUGCUCAAGUACCAGGUGGCGCUGGUGUGCGUUGACCGAACGACCGUGCAGAACCUGAUGUUCGCGUCGCCGGCUCGCGCGCGCGGCGCCCCCUGCCGGCGCUUCUCGACGCGCGAGAAACUCGUCAAUCUCAUCGCGUUCUGUCUCGGCCGAGACAUCGGCGCCGCCGACGGUGGCGCCCCCAAGCUGCUGGUGUGAAGCGAGGGCAGGUGGCGACCUCUGGCGUGAACGCUCAUAGGUUUAGUUUCCCCCUCGCGAUCCGCAAUUUGUUCGCAAUUUAUUUGUAAAACUCGCAAUUGAAAAGUCGCAAUUCCUGCUGCGAAUACAUAAUCGCGUUGUUGAAUAAUGUGCCGAGGGGAAGAACUCUUGGUGUAACAGAGUUAUUAUUAAUUUAAUUGAUUAUUGUUAUUAUUGUUAUUUAAUUUAUUUUCAUUCCAAG